UUCUUUUAAUCUCAUAUAUCAAGCUAAUAUUCGUUGCAAAUGACGACGAAUUAUACCUCCAAUAACAGUACAACUACUGAUGAAUAUAAACAGCAAAAUGAUCAGUACUGGAAAAUUAUUGAACAGCAACGAAUGAUUAUAAAGACAUUACAAGGAUCACUUGCUCAAUUAACAAAUGAAAAUGAAAUGUUGACAAAAAGAAAUAAAGAACUAAAAAACCUUAUUCCAGCUUCUACAAGUUUUAAUUGUACCACAAAUGUAGUACAUCCACUAACUGAAAUUUCGCAAGCAUCAGAGACACCUGCACUUCCUCCAAGAUCACCUUACCGUAAUAGCCACUAUCCUGUAAAUGACUCACAGAAGCGUCCCCCAGUAUUGAAACUUGUCAUGUCUAAUCACUAUCGUAUAUCAAAUUCGAAUAAAGAUGCAUCAGAAAAUACAACAUCUCCCGGAGUAUAUCCUCAUCAGACCUCAUCUAUUCCAUCCUCUCCUAAUAGCCAAGCUUCCUCUGGUGGUAGUUGUGUAUUAAAUAGUGACAAAGCGGGUCUUGAAAUCGAUCCAAGCACAAAUCGAAACGUGAGACGUUCUUCGUUACCACCUAAUGAAUAUUUAAAUAGCCUUAAUAAUAACAAUAAUACUAAUAAUAAUACUACUACUAUUAAUAAUAAUAAUAAUAAUGCUGAUAUUAAUAACAAUAACAAUAAUAAUAAUAAUACUUCAACUACUCUACCACAACAUGAUUUGGCUGGUACUUUAUCAUGUCCUCAUACAUUAUCUAAAAUAACUACUCGAAAAGACUCAUUGCCAAAGAAUUUUGAUGCGUCUCUUUUAAAGAAUUCAACUGAACCUUCAACGUCUAUUCAUUCUGGUUUUCAGCAUCAAGAAACCAAUGAAAAACUGAUGGUAGAUAACUCAAACAUUCUAACAAAUCUAUCCAACGUUUAUAUUAAGAUCAUCAGUUCCAAUGUUGAUACUGACAAGAAAGGAUUGGAGGCCUUUAGUUUUUUAAUUGGCAUAUUACAAAAGGAUGAUGGAACUGAGAUUUGGAAAAUUGAAAAAACACUUGCUGAUUUAGUUCGUUUAGAUAAAAAUCUUAAAGAACAAAAUCCAAAUACAGUUUCUAAUCUAAAGAAUCUACCGGACAAAUCUUUAUUUUUAUCGCAUGCUCCUGUAAAAGUUCAAGAAAGAAAGAAUAUGGUCGAUGCGUAUUUACAACAUGCUAUUGCAUUGAAUUGUACUGACACACAUCUUUUAUGUGAAUUCUUGAGCUCGGAUAAAAUUUAUCAUUUACCAAUUACACUUGCAAAUGAUAUUAGAAUUAAAAGCGGUUAUCUCACAAAGAAAGGAAAGAAUUUUGGUGGUUGGAAAUCAAGAUAUUUUGUCUUGGAUAACACUGGUAUAUUGAAAUACUACGACAGUAAAAAUGGUGUAUUUCUUGGUGCAAUCAGUCUUCCUAAUUCAUAUGUUAUGUCCUAUUAUUCCCAACAUGAUUCUUCUAGUCAUGAUGUCAAUAAUAACUUUCGACAUGCAUUUGUGAUCUUGGAGCCAAAGUCGAAUGGCACAAUUAGUAAACAUACAUUUUGCGCAGACUCAGAUGAUGACCGUGAUACAUGGAUUGAUGCCCUUCGUCACUAUACAAAACAGUUGGAUAUGAUUGAAGAUACGCUAAUGGAUGAUAUUCACCAUUUGGCUAUCGAACCUUCUUUAUCUACUGAAAGCUUUAAAAGCACUUCUACAUCGAGUCAUGUUCUUCGAAAGAGACCUAGCAUAGAUCAUAUACUAAACUAUUUUCAGAAUACCAAUAGCAAUAGUCGUCGUCAAUCUUCUUCUAAUACACCAUUAACAAGCCCUAAAGCAAUGAUCUCCCCUGUCGAUAGUAUUCAUGAUAUGACAGAAGAAAACAUAACAACGACAGAGGACAAUAAAAAAGUAAAGCAUCGAAUGAGUCGUAAAACAUUUUGGCCUAAAAGAAUGUUUGGUAGCACCAGCAGUACAACAAGCCAUGAAUCAUUAUCAGCCACUCCUACUUCACCUCAAGGUGGUGUUCCUAAUGAUACUUCUUCUUCUUCUUCUUCUUCUUCAGCUCCUCAGCAAAAUUAUUUGUAUACACAAUUUAUGUCUGACUAUGAGGAAACACGUGGUGAAAAUCAAGUAUUUGGUGUACCUCUAGAAAAUGUUGUAUCUAUCUCUAAAUCUCCUGAACUAUGUGGUUUGCCUGCCAUUGUCCACCGCUGUAUUGAAUAUUUAGAGACGAAUGGAGCAUUAGUAGAAGAAGGCAUUUAUAGAUUAAGUGGAAGUACUGCAACGGUGAAGGCUUUAAAGAAGAAAUUUAAUGAAUUUGGAGAUGUUAAAUUACUUGCAGAUAAAGAAGAACAUGAUGUUCAUACUAUUACUGGAUUGCUCAAAAUGUGGUUACGUGAAUUACCUGAAAAUAUUCUUACAGAGUCACUUCUCGGUGAUUUCUUACAAAUCGUUCGUCUUGAAAAUAAUCAACAGGAUAUUGUAUAUGAAAUUGGGCGUUUAGUUUCACUGUUACCUAUUGCCAAUUAUACUCUUUUAAAAGCGCUUUGUGCACAUUUAAUUCGUAUUGUUGAGCAUUCAGAUAAGAACAAAAUGACGCUUCGAAACAUUAGUAUUGUAUUUUCUGCAACAUUGGCUAUCCCUUCUAGUGUCUUCAACAUGCUUAUUGAGAACUUUGAUUAUAUUUUCUGGACAGGUCAUUAUGAUAGAAAUGAAAAUAUUACAGAGGAUACUAUCAAAAUAUAUAUGCAAGAAGUAUCUGAUGAUCAUUAUUAUAUAAGAGAAAAUGAUAUAUAUUUUAAAGUUAAUACAACUAAUGAAGUUGCAGAAUUUAAAAAGCAAAUGAAUAAUGCUUCAUUAGAAACUACGUUUCCGUGUGAUAAUAUCAACUCGAUUUACAUGAAGUAAAUUAAAGACUAAUUACUUUGCAUCAAGUAAAACAAGAUCCUAAAAAAAAAAAAGGAAAAAAGCCAGCAAAUAUACGAUGAUAAUUCCUUUUUUUUUUCUUUUCUUUUUUUUU